UUGUAUUUUUGGUUCAUAAUUGUCUGGUGUAAACCCUAAGUAUGGUCUUUUAAACUUUGGUACUUUUUCGGCAAAUUUUCCUAAUUAUUGGAUGUGGCCGAAAUCGCUGUCGUUUUACUAGCAAAAUCUGAAAACUGCAUCAUAUAUGUACAUAUGAUAUCCGUAUAAGAUAUCCUUUUCAUCUUCGUGUAAAAGCCGAUAUUUAAUUAAGAUGAGUAUUCCCUCAGAUACCAACCCCGCUCCUAGUCCUACUUAUGACAAUGGUGACGAAGAAAUUAUUAACUGGGAGGAGGAAGCAGCUGCGAUUAUACGAGAUGUUAAUCCUCAUGUUGCACUAAUUGAAAUCUCCCGACAACUGCCCAACAACGAGAGUAAAGUGUACCUGAACGUGCGCACUAUCGAGGGUCAGGAAUACUGUGUGCAAGUAUCGAGUAUUGGUUUUCGCGUGGUUGCCAAUAGAUUUGAUACAAUUGAUGCUGAUAAAAAUGAAGUAAGUGAGGACGAAGGGGAGGUUUAUGAAACGCCAUAUUCUUUGUUAAAUAAAAUCAGUCCCAGCUACGUGGAGUCCUUUGGCAAUCAACUUUGCAAACAAUUACUUUCUGUACAACAAAUGCGUACACAAUUCAAUGAAGAAGACGAGGAGGGUGCCGAUGAAGAUGACAGUGAGUGCACAAAAGAGUCAUUGUGAGAAAAGAAGUCUGUUUCUGACAU